UUUUUUAGCAUCAACCAAUACAUAAACAAAACAUAGAAAUCGCAUGUUCUUAAUAAUAAUAAUGAUGAUAAUACUAAUAUUUCUGUAAUAAAAGCACAACAAAGUGUAACCCAUAUCAACUACUCCCUGUCACAUGACCCACGUCAGCUGAUGUGAGGUCUCUCUCCUGAUUGGCUCCUUCCACGUCGCGGCAACCAUGAAAGCUGCUCGUGCCGUGGCUGUAAGCUUGUUGCUUGUAGAACGGCGUUGGAAAACAAAGCGUUUUUCUCCCCUCAAUUCAUUUAUACUCUCAUUUUACCUCAGCGGUGGUGCUGAAGGCUUUCGGGACUGGUGCUUCAUUAGUAUCUAUCCAACCGUGACCCUCUGCAUGGGUAAAAAACCUGGAGAGGCAACUCUGGGCUGACGUAGCAUGUAAGUAAACAAAUAACCUUAUAAAUAGCCCGUGUGAUGUGUGUAGUGAGACAUUUGUCACUUUUUGGCCUUGUGUGGGUUCCAGCUUUCCCUUUAAAUAAUCUCUUGCACCUCUUGUAGAUGAUAAACACCUGAUUUGUGUAUGUAAGUGGUGUGUGUGUGUGUGUGUGUGAGGCCUAAAUCUGAGUGUCUGAGCCUUGUCUGACUGUUGUCCUUGUCCUUGAUAGGUCUCAACCCCAGUCAUCAACGUGAGACGUGACACUGUCAGGGCAACACAACAUGUAUGAAGGAGAAAGUCAUUUUGUUUCCUCCUGUCAGCUGUCGAGGACAUAGGGCUCUGCUGCUUUCCUCCUCUCAUCUCCAGACUCGCCGUUCAUCAUGGAGUCUCUGGUGAGGUUUAAAAAGUCACUCAGGAUGCCGAUCAGGAAGCUGGCAAGUUGUGUGACAGAGGCAAAAGAGAGGAGGUUGCGUGCCAAACGCAGAGCGAAGAGGGGCAGGGGGCAGAGAGGAGGCAACGUGUCCAGGAAAACCCCUUCCCUCAGAGGUGCCAAGCCCAAAGACCCGUCAGUCCUUCGCUCGUAUCAGGCCGACCUGGAGAAAGAGAGAAAAGUGCGAGAAGCUACAAACGCUGAGAAAAAUGCACAGAGAGCAGCUAUGAGAGCUCACUUCAGGAGGAAAUAUCAGCUCGCUGAGAGCUCUGAUGACACAAACCACCUGAGGUCUUUUGGCGGUAAAGUAUCGCUCCCCCGUGAGCUGUCCAAGAUUGUUCAUCCUGAAGCCAAAACCAAGGACGACGGAUUCAACCUGCUGAGCGCCUUUCAAGGCCUCGGCAUCAGCACGGCGGCGCUCAGGGGGAGGAAACCCAGCAGGACCCCCACACUCACUACUGGAGACUCUUGUAGAGUUAUGUGAUCAAUACAGAGGUGUGUCCUCUUCUGUGGGACUAUUUUAAUUUGACUGCAAUGGUAUAUAGACACAACUUGCUCAUAACUGUAAAAUGCCGUUUAAAUAUUGUUUAUUUUUUGUCUUCUGUCUGAAAUGAACAUUUGAUAUAUUUGAAAUUACCAUAAUUUGCUAAAAAUGAAUGUACUGUUUUAACUAUAACAUGUAGCGUAAAAACUAGGGGUGUGCAUUGGCAAUAAUCUGGCGAUUCGAUAUACGAUACAGGCCAAAAGUUUGGACACAUCUUCUCAUUCAAUGUGUUUUCCUUAUUUUCAUGACCAUUUACAUUGGUAUAUUCUCACUGAAGGCAUCAAAACUAUUAAUGAACACAUGUGGAGUUAUGCACAUAACCAAAAAUGGUGAAAUAACCGAAAACAUGUUUUAUAUUUUAUUUUCUUCUAAAUAGCCACCCUUUGCUCUGAUUACUGCUUUGCAAACUCUUGGCAUUCUCUUGAUGAGCUUCAAGAGGUAGUCACCUGAAAUGGUUUUCCAACAGAAGGAGUUCCCAGAGCACUUGCUGGCCCCUUUGUAAAUGGUCAUGGUCAUGAAAAUAAGGAAAACACAUCGAAUGAGAAGGUGUGUCCAAACUUUUGGCCUGUACUGUAUACAUCACAACGCACGGGAGACGAUAUUACAACAGAGGAGACACGAUAUGAUAUAUGUCACAAUAAAAGGGAGAUAAUAAGAUAUAUAUCACAAUACCAAGGAGACGAUAUGAUAUAUAUCACAAUACAACAAAGACGAUACGAUGUAUAUCACAACACAAGGGAGAUGAUACGAUAUAUAUCACAAUACAAAGGAGACAAUACGAUAUAUAUCACAAUACAACAAAGACAAUACGAUAUAUAUCACAAUACAACGAAGACGAUACAAUAUAUAUCACAAUACAAAGGAGACAAUACGAUAUAUAUCACAAUACAACAAAGACAAUACGAUAUAUAUCACAAUACAACGAAGACGAUACAAUAUAUAUCACAAUACAAGGGAGACGAUACGAUAUAUAUCACAAUACAACGAAGAUGAUUCAAUAUAUAUUACAAUACAAAGGAGACGAUACGAUAUAUAUCACAAUACAAAGGAGACAAUACGAUAUAUAUCACAAUACAACGAAGACGAUACAAUAUAUAUCACAAUACAAGGGAGACGAUACGAUAUAUAUCACAAUACAACGAAGAUGAUUCAAUAUAUAUCACAAUACAAAGGAGACAAUACGAUAUAUAUCACAAUACAACGAAGACGAUACAAUAUAUAUCACAAUUCAAGGGAGACGAUACGAUAUAUAUCACAAUACAACGAAGAUGAUUCAAUAUAUAUUACAAUACAAAGGAGACAAUACGAUAUAUAUCACAAUACAAAGGAGACGAUACGAUAUAUAUCACAAUACAAGGGAGACGAUACGAUAUAUAUCACAAUACAAAGGAGACAAUACGAUAUAUAUCACAAUGCAACGAAGACGAUACGAUAUAUAUGUAUGUGUGUGUAUAUAUAUAUAUAUAUAUAUAUAUUAUAUUUAAACAGGGGAGAUGUUACAAUACUAAAAGUCAGAAUAUAUUUCAAAAUUUUAAGAUUGAAUUUUAUUUGAAAACUCAGGUCAGAUGCUUUCAAGACACAUCCAAUGUUAUUGGGAGUCUAAGUCUCCUCGCCUUCCGGUCAGCUCACGGGUCCCCAGAAAAAAAAGUGAAUCACAUAUAUGUUGUACUUCAAUUUUACUGAAAAGUUAUAAUGGGAGUUUGGACUAUGCCUGUCAUGUAGUUUGAGAUUUACUAGCUUGUAAAAAAUUUGAAUUAAAGCAACUAGAUGUUGCAAGUAUGACGAAAUAUAGCUGCUACUUACCACGCAACCAGAUUUAUAGUCGCCACAUUUAAUGCUCCUUCUGUCAUCUUGGAAGAAGGAUUCGAAACUCACUAAACAAGAUUUCUCCUCUUCUUUGUGCGUAUUUUUUUUGAUGAUGCCAGUUUGAUGAGACGAACAUUUGAAGUCUUGAAUGUAUUUUCACACAAAACCUAAAGUAAAUUUUCUUGACGUUCGAAAAUAAGCGCUUUCUUUGCAUCAAAACGUGUUUUUUAAAUCCACGAACAUCAUCUGUGAAAUCCCUGGCACAUAACAAAGGGGAUCAGAAAAUAACUUUUAUAGCCCCCGUUGACUUGCACUGAUUUUUUCUUAUUCGCGGAUUUCGUGGGUCCGGAAAUAGAUGGGCGUGACUUAGGCUCCCUAAAAAGUGGUAGAAACUGCUGCCACCUAGCAGUCAGAGUUUGAAUUGCACCACAGAAGAAAAAAUAGAAACAUUCUCAAUGAAAAUUUGUUACACUGCUUUUUAAUGAUCAAUUAAGUAUCAUGACACAAAAUACUGCGAUAUUUCAGUUGAUAUUUUCUUAUAUAUGACACCUCUAAUACACCUGCCAGUGCAGGAUUUGCAGCUAAAUGGAGAUAACCAUUUCAUAAAUACUGCUUUUGAAUUGUUAAAUACACAAACUUACGAUCUAUUGCCGACUUUAUGGGUCAUUUUUUAUGCUAAUAGAGCAACGAUAAUUACUGUAAAUUGGUUUUAAAUGUCACAUAAAAGAUGAAUAACUGCAUCUUUCAUUUCAUUAAAUUUGUAAUGUGUUACAGAAUAAGUUAUUAUAGAAGUUGCAGGUGGAAAACCUGCUUGUGCUGGUGCUGAACUGUGACACUAUUGUUGUCUUCAUGAUAUAUGAAUAUUAAAUCUGGGUAAAUCAGUGUUUCUCAAAGUUUUGGCUCAGGAACUCAUUUUUGGUCACAAAGUCUCCAGAGAAGUUUGGGAAUCACUGAUUUAACUCUUAUAGACCAAAGUGGCUGGUCUAUACACAAGUGAGGAACCUCAGGGAAUUGUUUAUAAUAAUUUUGUAUGAUUAUUUUUAUUUAUAUGCUUUGUUGUUUCCUAAACAGCCAAACUUGUAUCUGUAGUUCUGUCUGUUGGCUGAUGGGAUCAUGACGGCGAGUAAAGAGAAUUUUUACAGAAAGCAGAAACCUUGAAACUAAUGAGACAUUGUGUAUUUAUUUAUCUACUGCCGGAGCUUUAAAUAAAGGGAAGUCCAGCUGGA